GACGACUUGCUCUUGAUCUAUUAUCCCUUGACAUACUGUUCCAGCGCAUUCAUCUCACCACUCUCUCGCCCUUCUAGACGACUUUCGCAUCCCGCGACUCCAACUUCAAAAUGCCCAACAUGACUUCGACGAUCGGAAUCCCGAUCAAACUACUCAACGAGGCAACCGGCCACAUUGUUACCGUCGAAAUCACAUCUGGAAAUGUCUACCGUGGAAAGCUGCUUGAAGCCGAGGACAACAUGAACUGCCAACUUAGAGACAUCACCGUCACCGCAAGAGAUGGUCGCGUAUCACAUUUGGAUCAGGUCUACAUUAGAGGAUCGCACGUCCGAUACUUUAUCGUUCCGGACAUGUUGAGGAACGCACCCAUGUUCAGAGCAAGAAACGCCCGUGGAAGAGGUGUCGGUUUGGCCAGAGGUCGUGCUACUGUCAACAGAGCCAGAGGCCAAAGAGGUGGACCCCGUGGUUAAAUGGAAGCAACAAGCAUUACGUCUUGAUUACGAAUACAGGAAAAGGAGGAUGGCAAAAGUGACAUGUCAGCAGAACAUUCGCGCCCAACACAUACCGUGGACAAUGGGGUCGGCUAGGAGUCGCGCGGCGGAAGGCCACAAGGCGCGGCGCAAAAGACGUCAGAGCAGGACAACCCUCAUACAUGGCCUUGCAGUCACUUUGCGACAGACAUACAUACAAGGGCAAAGGACGACGACUCUACCUUAGGUAUUAGUCAUGUGGUUGGCGAAUGAACAAAUAAUUCCAAGCUCC